AUGCAUGUUCAAAGCAAGUACGAGAUGCAUUUUCCCUUCUUGCGUCUCCCCAGGGAGAUACAGGACGAGAUCAUCAAGUAUCUCCUGCCGGGCAUGAUCCUCCCAACGACCGAAGAACCUCGAUGGACCAAAGACAGAUGGGGCUUCCCAGGGACCUUGGAGCCUGUUGAGCACAUCAACUGUGCCUAUCUUCGUGGUUCCUGCAGACCAAUCAGGGACAUUGUCGACAGAAUCCGGCCUAUCAAGUCAACCCGCGGCUUCCACUUCGACCCGAAGCGCGAUACUCUCAAAGUUUGGCAGAUGCAGCUCCCCGACCCAGACCCCUACGACGAAGGGCACUGGGGCCGGUCGAUACCAGUUCGCAAGCUCCUCACAGUCUUCCCAUACGCACUGAACCCGUAUAGCGACGUGUCAACCGGAGUGUCCGACCCAGCAUGGAACGAUGAGCACUUCGACACGGACCUCGACUUGUCGUUUUUGCCCAUGAUUGAGGAGGUGACCCUGGCCAUCCAGUCUGCCGGGUAG